AUGGCUUCAGAAACAUAUGUCUAUCCCCCAUUGCCCAGUCUUCGACAUAUUCGAGUCCUCAAACUCUACUCUGCACCCAGUUCUGACGACCCCGAGCUCUCUGUCGAGUUGCUCUCAGUCCCUCUCGACGAUGCCCCACCUUUCGAAGCCCUAUCUUACGCAUGGGGAAGUCCUUCCCCACGGACCGAAAUCCGUUGCUCCGGCAUGAGAAUUGAAAUAGGACCCAGCUUGUACAGCGCUCUCUGCCACAUGAGGCCAAAAUCCCCGGGACAAAUGCGGUUGAUGUGGGUCGACGCAUUGUGUAUAAACCAGGAGGAUAUUCCAGAACGAAAUGCGCAGGUUCGCAUCAUGCACGACAUAUACAGCAAGGCAUCAGGUACAAUGAUCUGGUUGGGCGAGGGAAACGAAACCACGGCCCGAGCUUUUGACUCGCUUCGACGUCUCCACGACAUCUUGAAAUCCGACUACCAAAAAUAUCGCGACGGGGCGGAGACACGCAGAGAUUGUUUUGAACGAUACCGUGCCAAUGACAACAUUGUAGUCCGGAAUCUUCUACAGGCUUCAAUAGGGGGACUUUCAGCUCAGAUUGAGGCAUUUUCGGACAUAUGGUUGAUUUUACGCCGUCCCUGGUUUAGUCGAAAAUGGGUGUGUCAGGAGGUUGCCAGCUCAGUUGAGGCUGGUCUAAUCCUUUGGGCAAGCUCCAGCACGGUGCCCGAGGUGGCUUUGAAAUGCUUCUUGUUCUUAUUAAAUCGGAACCCUUGGGCCAGGGAACGAUUUCUUGAAGCGCACCCAAACAAACUCGAGGCUGGCACCACCGGAACCGAGCACCCAUACUUGUGCUACCAGCGAUCAAUGGCGCUGUCGGGGCCGGUACUUCAAAACGAAGCGCUGGUUCCUUUGCUUGGAAAGACAUCCAUGUUCCAAUGCACCGACCACAGAGACCAAAUAUUUGCUUUGCUUAGCAUUGCGACCGACUCUACAAAGUUCGACCACCUCAUCGACUACAAUACCACUAUCGAGACACUCUGCGAUAGAUUCUCUCGCGCUUGUUUGGAAAGUUCUCGCGAUCUCUCAGUAAUGUGGUCAUUACUUUCCAUUGCGUCACCCGAGCGACCACUGUUAAAGUCCUGGGUACUAGAUAUAGAGGCUCUGACCUGUCAACAUCGUCUGCUUUACUCGGUUGCUGAGAAGUCUGGGAGCACAAACUUGAAGAUACAAACAGUAACUGAGGGUGACAGACUAUGGGUCAGGGGUCGCGUUAUUGACUCUAUUGAGCAGCUGGCGACCAAAGUGAGCGGAUUGACCGAGGCAAAUGCGAUGCACUGGAACAUACACUCUGCAGACGACUUUGAGAGGGCAAUGAGUUCAUUGGACCGUUCGAUUGAUGACUGCUUGGCGGUGGCCCACAACGACGAUGCUGCAUUUCUCAGCGCCAUCUUGUGUGAGAAUCUGGUAAGGACAACUACCUGGGAAAACGAUAUGGACGCGGCCGUAAGCGGAUUUACCACGUAUCGGCGCUGUAUCAAAGCGUUUGUAGCAGCUCAGGGCAAAGAUGCCAAGAUUGAAGCUCUGCAAAGCUUCAGAGGCGUGCAGUGGGCCAAAACCGCGUUGAGUAUUCGUUACGCCUUGGAAUUCAGGCGUUUUGGUCGUUCAGUUGACGGAGUACUUGGGUGGAUGCCACGGUCGGCGCAACCAGGCGACUGCAUCUGUCUCUUUGAUGGAAUGGCGCUGCCGUAUGCCGUGCGCCGAGCAACGGGGCCGGGCGGAGGCUAUCUUCUCUUAGGGGAGUGCCUCAUUUCAAGCCUCGUGUCCUCGGACAUUAGGGAUGUGUCUGGCGUCGAGUCGACAAUGAUUUUGCUUGAAUGA